GGCGGACUGUAGGAUGUUGCGAUAUCUACAAGUGGGUGCCAAUCCAUUGAAUGGCGUUCUGCCCAAUUCUAUUGGGAAUCUUUCAUCUACAAUUGAAGACUUUUAUAUAGCAGAUGCACACAUCAACGGCCUCAUCCCCACAAGUAUAGGCAACAUAAGCGGUCUAAUGAGCCUAGACUUUCAAGGAAACAACUUGGCAGGGAAUAUUCCUUCUGAGAUUGGUAAGCUUAAGCAACUCCAAGGGAUGUAUCUACAAAACAAUAAAUUGCAGGGACAUAUUCCAGAGUCGGUAUGCCAUUUAUCCAAUUUGGUUCAAUUAUUUCUGCAUGGUAAUGAGCUCUCUGGAUCAAUUCCAGAAUGCUUAGGAAAUCUUAGCAUGCUACAAAAGCUUUAUUUGGGUUCUAAUAAAUUUUCAUCAAAAUUUCCAUUGAGCCUUUGGAAGAUGAGUGGCCUUCUCUCUCUAAGCGUGUCACAAAAUUCUAUAGAGGGAGAAGUUCCAUCAGAUAUUGGAGGACUGAAAGCCAUUGUAGAACUAAAUCUUUCCAGUAACCACUUUUCAAGCAUGAUACCAACCAGAUUCGGGGAACUCCAAAACCUGCAAUCUCUUGACCUAUCGAACAAUUCAUUUUUUGGCCAAAUUCCAUUAUCCCUUGCCAACUUGAUAAGCUUGGAAUUCUUGAAUUUGUCUUUAAAUGCAUUGUCAGGUACUAUUCCUAAGUCAUUGGAAAAACUCUCGUCCCUGAAAAGCAUUAAUGUUUCAUUUAAUGGUUUAGAAGGUGAAAUACCCGGUGACGGUGUGUUUGCAAAUUCCACUUUGCAAUCAUUUCUCGGGAACAAGGGUCUAUGUGGAGCACACAUAUUGGAGAUUCCUUCUUGUGCUAUCACCAAUCCUGGACAACAAUCAAAGCUAAAGGAGAUUGUGCUAAAAAUUGUUACUCCAGUGAUUAUUUCAUCCUUUCUGAUAUUUUUGUUGGUUUCAAUUUGGAUAAUGAAACGACAGAAGAAAGGAAAGUCCAAAGGUGUGGAAAAAGUACCGGAGAUCGGGACUUAUCAAUUUGUUUCUUAUCUCGAGAUUCAACGAGCAACAAAUAAUUUUGAUGAAUCAAAUUUAAUUGGUGUGGGAAGUUCUGGCUCUGUGUACAAAGGCACAUUAUCUGGUGGAAGUGUAGUGGCGAUAAAGGUUCUAGAUUUGGAAAAUGAGCAAGUAUGCAGAAGGUUUGAUACUGAAUGCGAAGUGAUGAGAAAUGUUAGACACAGAAAUCUUGUUCCGGUGAUUACUACUUGUUCUAGUGACUAUAUAAGAGCCUUUGUUCUGCGAUAUAUGCCCAACGGGAGUCUUGAGAAUUGGUUGUACAGAGAAGAUUGCCACUUGAACCUUCAUCAAAGAGUCGCCGUAAUGCUUGAUGCAGCUAUGGCAAUUGAAUAUCUACAUCAUGGUAAUGUUACUCCAAUUGUUCAUUGUGACCUAAAGCCAGCCAACGUUCUUUUGGAUGAAGAUAUGGUGGCUCGUGUUGGUGAUUUUGGAAUCUCUAAAAUUUUAGCCAUAAGCAAGUCCAUGGCUUAUACUGAGACAUUGGGCACUCUUGGAUACAUUGCACCAGAAUAUGGCUCGGAGGGAAUAGUGUCCGCUAGUGGUGAUGUUUAUAGUUACGGCAUCAUGUUGAUGGAGGUUUUGACCAAAAGAAGGCCAACAGAUGAAGAGAUAUGCAAUGAAAAUCUUGACUUGAGGAAAUGGAUCACACAAUCAUUUUCAGGGACUAUGAUGGACGUUGUGGAUGCCAAUCUUUUUUCCGAGGAAGAACAGAUCACUUCCCAAAGUGAAAUCUGCAUAGCCUCCAUGAUAGAAUUGGGUUUAGACUGCACAAAGGAAAUGCCAGAAUCAAGAAUAACCAUGAAAGAAGUAGUCAAGAGGCUUAACAAAAUCAAGAACACAUUUCUGGAAACAUAGAAGUGAUCAGCAUCUCUUUCGAUAGCGUUCUUUUCUGAUGCUUUUUGGUUUCUUUAGUAAAGUCAUCGUAUAGUACUUACUUGGAGUCAUGUAUUGUCUGUAAUUUCAUUUGAGUGGUUUUGAACCUGUUCUACUUUUAGCUAUUUGUAAUUAUGUUUUGAAUGCUAGCUAUAAAGAAAUUAAUAAAG